AAAAGUCAGUUUUUAUUCGGAGCUGUUUUUAAAAAUCUUCACCUUCGUGUUUCAUUGAUUUCGCCAGUAAAUAUAUAUAUUUAAUUGAAUGAUGAGCUCAGACGCAGCAUUAUUGUUGGAAGCUGUUCAUUUCGCUGCGUACAAACAUCGGAACCAGAAACGUAAAGACCCAGCCGGAACCCCGUACAUCAAUCAUCCAAUCGGAGUGUCAAGAAUCCUCAGUCAUGAAGGAGGAGUCACAGACAUAGAAGUUUUGCAAGCGGCUUUGCUUCACGACACAGUGGAGGACACGGACACCACCAUCGAAGAGCUGAAAGAGAAGUUUGGGGACGCUGUGGCUGGUAUUGUCCAGGAAGUGACGGAUGACAAAAGAUUGCCAAAGCUGGCAAGGAAGCGUCAGCAGGUGGAGCACGCGCCUCACUGCAGCCCAAAAGCCAAACUGGUGAAACUGGCAGAUAAGCUGUACAACCUCAGGGACCUGAACGGCUGCACACCUGUAGGCUGGUCGGCUGAGCGGAUCCAGGAGUAUUUUGUGUGGGCAGCUGAGGUGGUGAGAGGCCUGAGAGGAACUCACUCGGCUCUGGAGGACAAGCUUCAGGACCUGUUCAAAGAGAGAGGGAUUGAACUGUGA